GUUCUGUCAUGCGUCAUUUCCGCUAAUGGACGGAAGUGGACUCGCCUGCUUUAACCUCGCGGUCACGUGACUGUUGCAACCAUGAUUUGCAACUGCAUAUCGCUGUCGCCGCGCUCAGGUCGCUCAGGAUUGUUGUGACAGUGGCGAGGACGUCAAAACUCGUUAACAGAUUGUAAACAAACUGGACCGGCGCACUGAACAUUUCAUCAUACGGGCUGAUAGCUGAUACGGGCUUUGCUCUCCUCCGUUUUAUUUACACAUAAGCAGUCAAAAUGCCGGUCCAGAAGGAUUCCAAUAUCGUGAAAAUUGCCGUCCAGAUGACCGAUCAGGUUCCACAGCUCAUCGAGUUCAAUCAGAAACAACCUUUAGCCGGAAUUAUCCAGGAAUUAUGCAAUGGAUGGGGUUUGUCUGAUGCGGAGUCGUACUCUUUGCAAUUUUCGGAAAACAAUAAUCAGAAUUACAUCACAGAGAAAAAUAGAAAUGAGGUGAAAAAUGGCAGUAUUCUUAGAUUAGAGUUUUCGCCAUCAAAAACGGCGAGUGAUAUUUUGAUCAAACUCAAUAAUGGGACAGCGGAGGAAAAGGUAGUAGCUCUGCAGAAGCUAAGCACACUCAGCAUAGACAUGACUUUUGCACUGGAAUUUAUAAAUAAGAAGGGAUUGGCAUUAAUUAUUUCACAGGUGGAAGGUGGAAAAUAUAAGGGAAACGCGCUGGCAUAUUCUCUUCAGUCGUUUGUGGAAUUGAUGGAUCAUGGAAUUGUAUCAUGGGAUAUUCUGGAAACGCCCUUUAUUAAUAAAGUGGCAAGUUACGUGAAUAAUCAAUCGAUUACUCAGGACACUAGUAUAGUUGAGGCUUCUCUAAGCAUUUUAGAGAAUAUAGUUCUAAAUUCCACUGGAAAAUAUGGACAAGUGGAAAAAGAAGUUACCUUUCCCAAUCUUGUGAUGCAUUUGCAGUGCAUGAAUCCUCAAAUUCAACAAAACGCGAUAGCUUUGAUAAAUGCACUCUUUUUGAAGGCUGAUCUGCACAAAAGGCGAGCUGUUUCUGCUACCCUACAAUCCAAACAAGUCAGAAAUGUGUUCUUGACAAAUGUUAUACAAUCUACUGGACAGGUCGGAGCGGAAAUGGCUCAUCAGCUCUAUGUACUGCAGACGCUAAUGUUAAGUCUCUUGGAACAACGAAUGAUGACGAAGAUGGAUCCCCAGGAUCAAGAUGCGCACGAUAAAAUUAAAGAACUUCGAAGAAUCGCCUUUGAUACGGAAGGUGCAAAUAGUGGUGAUGUGGCUCGUAAACAGGGACUGUUCGCUAAAGAUUACAAGAAAUUGGGCUUCAAGUAUGACAUCAAUCCUGCUCUUGACUUUACCGAGACUCCACCAGGGAUGCUUGCAUUGGACUGUAUGGUAUAUUUCGCUCGUAAUCAUACUGAAGCUUACACGAAGGUCGUUCUCGAGAACUCUUGCAGAGCAGACGAGCACGAAUGUCCUUUUGGCAGAACAAGUGUGGAACUUGUUAAAUUGCUUUGCGAGGUGUUACGCAUUGGUGAAGCUCCUAGUGAACAGGGUCAGUCUUAUCAUCCGAUGUUCUUUACGCACGAUCACCCAUUCGAAGAAUUUUACUGCGUUUGCAUAGUUCUGCUGAAUAAGACGUGGAAGGAAAUGAGAGCUACUACCGAAGACUUCGUUAAAGUCUUCUCUGUUGUGCGCGAGCAGAUUACCAGAGCGCUUCAAUGCAAACCUACAGGACUGGAUAAGUUCAAAAACAAGUUGCAACAGUUGCCUUAUUCGACCAUUACGAACCUUUGGCAACAGGAAAGGACAAAUCGGGAGGAAUGGGAAAGCCAUGCGAGGCCAAUUGUUGAACUCAGAGAACAGAUUACUCCUGAAAUCUUAGAUCUGAUUCAGCAGCAGCGAUUAGGAUUUUUAGUGCAGGGUACUCGCUUUAUGAAAUAUAGUGCCAGAGGACAGCGAAUUAAAGAUAAAUUUUGGUACGUUCGCUUAUCGCCAAAUCACAAAGUCUUCCAUUACGGAGACUGCGACGAGAAAUCAAUGCCAACGAUAGACGAACUUCCUACAAAACUAGCGGUGGUCGAGAUUCGAGGAUUACUGAUCGGUAGGGAUUGUCCGCAUAUGAAAGAUUUACAAAGACGAAAAACUACGCAUCAGUUAGCGUUCUCAUUGGCUCUGGACUCUGUUGAAGUAUCUAGUCUCGAUUUCGUCGCUCCGGACGAACAGGUUUUCGAUUAUUGGACCGAUGGCAUCAAUGCUUUACUCGGAAACAGAAUGACUAGUAAAGAAGCUGAAAAUGACUUGGAGACUUUAUUAUCCAUGGAUAUUAAAUUAAGAUUGUUAGAUGCCGAAGGGAUCGACAUUCCGCAAGAUCCACCUGCGAUUCCCGAACCACCUCCAAAUUAUGACUUUUGCUAUGAAUUAAAGUAAAAACUGUAAGUGGUGUUUAUUCAUCUAUUGGUGUUGCCAUACAUAAUUUAUAAUUUGCAUCAUGUAUUAAUUUUUUUAUAAGCAUUAAGCCAUUAAUCUAUAUACGUAAUUAUCAAUUUUUAUAUUUUUUCUGACUUAACUGAUACAUUGCUAUGGUACAAAUUGUAAUUUUCCUAUCUGGAUCGUAAUUUUCUAUCAUGCACUUUAAUGACACGGAAAAUUGCAAUAUUUUACCAAAGAAACAUUUUAAAUUUUAUAUAUGUGUGCGCAAUUUUAUGUGUAUGUAUUUAUAUAUAUAUAUAUAUUUUUUAAGAAGCUAUUUAUCCAAAAACAAGAAUUAUAUAGGUAGAAAAGUAAAAUCACCAUAAUUAUGUUGACGAUCUUUUAAUUAACUUUAUAAGCAUGUAAUAUGCACGAUAAUAUAACCAGUUUGUCGUAAUAGAUUUUAUAAAGUAAGAUUUUUUAUCAUUAUUGUGCUAUCAGUAUUUUAUAUUAAUCUCUAUGUAAGUAGACUAUAAUACAUUAAAUAAACUGUAAAACUCAA